UUUGCCAGGACAAAGUGGAGCACGAGUCAGUGAAAGUGCUGGACAUUCUUUCUCUCUUUCUCUCACGAUUUAACGCACGGAAUACUGGCCGGCGAUACUCACUUGUCUUCCUUAAUCAACUACCAGCCGGAGUGGAAAUCAUGAAUUUGGUAUUCAUUUUGCUAGUCUGCGUCGGUUUAUCGAGUUGCCAAACAACGGAGACGGUGUCCCAAGAUGGUCCGCGGAUAGGUCUGAUAGAAUGGAUCCACAAUUUGAUUGGUUCCGGCACUACCACGUCGCGGCCGUCCACUGUAAAGCCAUCGAAUGAUCCGCCAAAGGACUGCCCAACAUGUCAAUGCGGUAUCGCGCGGACGCACCGGCGAAUCGUGGGCGGUACGGAGACCAAGGAGAAGGAGUAUCCGUGGAUCUGCGUGCUGCUGUACGGCGGCCGCUUCUAUUGCGGCUGUUCGCUAAUCGCAGACCUCUACGUCAUGACCGCCGCGCAUUGCACUGCCGGAUUCCGUAAAGAGAGAAUAACAGUCCGUUUCUUGGAGCACGAUCGCAACGUCGCCAACGAGACGAAGACGAUUGACAGAAAGGUUGCGGCCAUUAUCCGCCAUCCCAGAUACAACCCGGGAACUUACGACAACGAUAUCGCCAUGUUGAAAGUUGAUGAAAGAUUAGAUUUGAGCAAAGUGAUCAAAAAGUUAAGAAAUGAAGAGGGUACAGAGGAAGAACAGGAGCGUGGGGUAGGAACUGUUUGUCUACCGGAGUCUGGACUCUCGUAUACUGGAUAUAAUGCUAUUGUCGCCGGCUGGGGCACCACUGAAGAAGGGGGGUCUGUUUCUAACGUUCUUAGGGAGGUAACAGUACCCAUAAUAUCAAACUCUGAGUGUCGCAUGACAAACUACAAGGAGCGCAUAACUGAGAACAUGUUAUGCGCUGGUAUCGACGCUGGUGGUAAGGACGCUUGCCAGGGCGACUCCGGAGGGCCCUUGCACAUCUUCAACAAUAACACCAACACGUGGCAGAUCGCAGGAGUAGUCUCGUGGGGCGAAGGUUGCGCUAGACCUAAAACGCCUGGAGUGUACAGCCGAGUCAACCGAUACCUCACUUGGAUCAAAAGUAAUACGAAAGACGCAUGUUACUGUGAAGAGAAAUUCAUCAAAAAAUAUUAACACAUUCCAUGCUACGAAGUUCACAUAUGAUAAUGAAGCAAGGAGGUUGUAUUGAAUAUGUUAAUGUCCGUCCACAAUAAUUAAAAAAAAUGAUCUUGACAAAAAACAGAGACUGCCAGUAACAAAAAACAUAUUUAUUUUGUAGGUUGUUUCUAUUAGAAUUAAUUUAUAUGAUAAAAGGAG